UUUUCACUCCAGCACCUCCCAAUAUCAACAAUACCAUCCAAGACACUCAAACCACAUCUCGUUAAAGGUCCCUGAAAGCUAACAGGAUCUCUUAAAUUCCAAGUGACGCAAGAACGAAAAUUGCGAGAACCGCAACCAUGAAGAACACUCACCCGAUCAUAACAGCGACGACGUCCAGUCCAGUCAAUCCGGAUUCCUCGUCGUCGAACGAAUCCACAGAGCCGUGCAUCAGACUGAAGCUAGACAAACCGUUGCAUUGGGAGUGGGAGCUGACCACGUCGGCGGACACGCUUCCUGUCAUCCAGCUGCUGGGGAAAGAUGGCCGUCUGCUGGUGGAGACCACUGGCAGAACAGCUCAGAGGGCCAGAGGCUCGUUUCGCGAGGGUCUCAAGUCCUACGAGCAGUUUCCUUUGGACAAGGCUGUUGCCAUGAAGACUCCAACCGCCUCUUCGUCCUUCUCGUCGUCUUCAACGUCGACCAUCGUCGCUCCCCUUCAAGGGAACCGAAACAUGGACGGGUUUAGCACGAAGUUCGGAACCUGCGAGUUCGGUUACAAGCCGCGGAAAUCCAAGAGCGAGGUGACGGUGAAAGAGAAGGACAGGAAAUCCAAGAGCAAACGCUCCGUGGAACCAGAGGCUGCCCAGCGGAGCGAGCAACCAAAACCAGGAGCGAAAAGGUACUCCGUGGGCGAUUAUCUGCGGCAACAGAUCAUAGACGACUUGAGAACGAAGAGCACCGUGGGCAAGUGUCCGGAGGAGAUCGCCGAAGAGAGGUGCAAGAAGGUGAAGGCUUACUUGAGGAGCCAGAGCGAGACUCUACCGAGAUUGAUUCUUACUGAGGAAGACGUGGACGAGUCCGAGUCGAAGAUUAACGAGGACGAGGGUCGAAAUCGGAGAAUAAAAGACGGCUUGAAGCGCCUGCGGGAGGCGAUCAAGGAGGAGGACCCCAAGCUCAGGAUCUCCAAUGUCCCCGAAAAAACACGCGAAGAUGUUUCGCGGAUCGAUUAUACGAAGGAACCACCAGAAGCAGACAGCUCCGUUUUGGAACCGAGGGACAUAGUCGGAAACGAGGAGCUGGAGAAGGUGAGGGCAUUCUUGAGGAAGAAGUUGCAGCAGAAGAUGGACCACGAGCGUUCCCUGAGCUCUACCAACGAACCUGCCCGCGAAAUCAAGAAGAGGUACUCCGAUUACGGUCACGAGUGCCCGGAAGGUUAUCGUACUAGGAAGGUGCGCAGCGAGACGAGUGUCAUCAGGUUCGACCCAGAGACUCUUCAGAAGGACCGGCAAAGGGAGAGGGAAAGAUCCAGGACCAGGAAGUCCCCUUCCGAGGAAUCGUUCAAGGAUAAACAUCGUCAUCGGUCCAGAAGCGACGCCAUCCGCGAAACGUCGGAGGCGAAUUACCGACGCAAAUCCCAAACAAGGGAGUCGGAGAAACGGAAACUUUACCGAAAAACGAAGAGCGACGUUUUAUUGGGCCAGGCGGCUCGCAGCGUCGACUCGAGGCAGGAUUUCGAGAAUCCUCCGAGACGAAUUAGGAGCCAGGACAACGUCGACGAGUCCUGGCGGGAGUACAAGGAGAGGAAGAGGCACGAGAGGCUGCACCGCGAGUCCGAGAAGGAGGUGAAUGAGGAGGACUUCAUGAGCAAGCCGCGGUGGAAGGACCUCCAGGCUGAUCUCUGUACCUUCAGGAACUGCAGGAUCUGUCAGAACUUGCAGAAUUGCGUAAAUCCGUUGCUGGAGCGAAACGACAGCGCGAAGGACCGCGGAGUCCCCGAGCAACCGAAGGAGGACUCCGGAGAGUUGUUGAACGACUCGGCGAGCGACAGACCCGGCACCAGCCUGCAGGAGAAUUAUUUGGUCGUCGAUAGGGUUUCCGGGGAUCCGAAGAGGAACUCGGGAGAGAGUAAGGCGAGGAAUCGCGGUGUCAAAGGGUCUGACGCGAAAUCCCCUGAUUGCGGCUACAACACGAUUCCCAAGAACGCGUUCAAGGACUAUCGGGAGCUGUACAUGCGGUCAAACGUGAAGAAGAGCAACACGUUCAAGAUCAUCGAUGGCAGCGAGGACCCCGAAGCUGAGGAUAAGAGUGAUUCGAAGCUGGACGAGGGAUCGAUCGAUAGUUUCGGAUGUUUAAAUAGCGAGGGUCUGUUGAUAAACAAAUCGAACGAGGAUAUCGCCAGGGAUUACUUUAGCAGAGUUUACGAGCUCCUGAAGAAGCGACAGGAAGAAGCGAGGAGGGUCCAGGAGAACCAGGGUGUUCCCGGCUGUGACGACUCUUCGUCUUCUAAUUACGUGGAGGUGGUGCAGAAGAAGAGGCCUCGGCGCAAGAAGAGGGACCGAAGUGCGCAAGGCGAGGAAGUCGUAACAGUGCCUCCCACGAGCGGAGGUCAGGACGGCUGGAAGGUGCAGACACUUUCGUUAAGCACCGAAUCGCCGAGCAAUCGUCGUAAAGGCUGCCGUCCCCAGCAGCAACCUGGUAAACGUACAAGGCCAGCCCCGCCCCCGCCGCCGAUAUCGUGCAAGGUCAAUGCCAAGGACAUCAACAAGUACUUCGAUUGGCCGAACAAGGAGAACACGCCCGGAAAUGCCGUGAACGCCGUCGUGGGAACGAACGAGGCUCAUCUCGAGAACGAACAGUCUACCAUGGGCUCGAAUUUGAGUCGGCACAACGGGAAGGGCCUCACUGGCCGCAGGACCCAAUCCUCUGGGAACCUGUGCGAUCCCAAGGGAAAACUGAACAGCAUGGGCAAGAUCCUGGUGCCGUGCUCCAGCGCCCAGAGGGAACGAUAUAAAUUCUGUGGCUCGUUGCCCAAUCAUCUCGACGACAAGGACGUUCUAGACGACGACCAAAAGGAAAAUAAUAACAUAAUGACGGAUACUAUCACCGGGAAUCUCGGUGGAACGUUGCCACAUAAGAAACGAUCGUUGGGUGUACACUUCUCUGACGGUGGACCAACUGGCGCUUUAGACCUCGUCAAGCAUCGGUCGCAGGACUCUAUAGAUGAAAACGAUCCUUGGAGAUACCAGCAGAGCGACCUUGAUCUAGUUAGGUGCCGCUACGGGAAUUUCGACUCCGUGAGCAGAAAUCGUAGCGCCGACGCGGUAUCUGGCGACUUAACAAGAAGGUGCUCACGCGGGUCGUCUCUGGAAGACAGGUGUCAUCGAAAUACGGAUCUUGACCUGGUGGGCACGUUGCCUAAACGGAAACAGGACCCCCGAAGCAGCGGGAAGGGGUCGGAGACGAACACGUCGUCCUCGCAACCCUGCAACCCCGACCCAGCCGACAACGAUUUGCUGAUGCAGAUCGUGCACAAACCAGACUGCGAACUAGUCAGGCAUCGGCAGCAGCUCAGCAAGUGCAUUGAUCUUAAAUUGAGCAAACUGGCCAGCGGGGAACCGCAGGAUCAAGGUUACGCGUCCGAACGCUCGCCGGAAGACGAGCAUCCACCUUCCUUGCCUGGCCAACCGUUCCCGAAUAUAACGCCUGAAAGCACGUUUCGUGUAACGUUGCAGAAAAGCAGCCGGGGACUUGGCUUAAGCGUUUCCGGUGGAGGAACCGCUGGACCUGUUAGGGUAAAGAGAUUGUUUCCUCAACAACCCGCGGCUUUAUCCAACAAACUUCAACCUGGCGAUAUACUCCUCGCAGCUAAUGGGAUUCCUUUAACCGGCCUCACUAAUUACGAGGCUCUCGAAGUACUACGAACGACACCCAGCAUCGUGGAGUUGGUGGUGUGUCGACUUCCGGGUGAUACGAAUGUCACACCACCCGGUGCACCGCCGCCACCCCCGGCGAGGCGUGAGCCACCGCCGCCCUUGCGAAUACUCAACCCUCUGCCGCCACUCCAAAUCGAACCCUGCGGCGAAUUCGACAUAGAAAUGACGAAGGUCGGUGGUAGUCUGGGUUUCACUUUGAGGAAAGCGGACAGCAGCGCGCUGGGUCAUUACGUGAGGGCAUUAGUGAGGGAACCGGCAUUAAGCGACGGCCGAAUUCGACCCGGGGACAAAAUAGUCGCCGUGGACGGUGCUCCAUUGUCGCCCAUGAGCCACGAAGAGGCUGUCCAAUUGCUGCGACAAUGUGGCCCAACCGUGAGACUCCGGCUAUACAGGGAUCUGGCGCAGACCCCUGUCUCCGCUCUUUCGCCGACCGAGCCCGAUCACCCUCUCCGUCCACCGCGAACAAGUUUGAGGCAAGAGGCUGUGGAUAUGCUCUGCGAUCUAGCGGUUCGGAAGCUGUCGCCAGGUACAUCGAGCGGCUCGAGCUGCAAGCAGUCACCUGGUGCAUCCUGCAAUUCCCCGAGAAGACUGCGUCGUCUUGCCACGCGUACGCCAACCGAAAACGAUCAAGAAGGUCUGGACAAGCAUUCGAGCGUGCAGACGACCUCAACGGCCAGCCAGGCGGAGACAUCCGAUUCCGACCAGUGCUCGAUCAGAACGCAGAUAACGAAUUCCCAACCAAACACACCUGGAACCGACAUAAUCGAUCCGCCGCCGCUCUACGACGUUUGCGAUUCGAGCGAUUCCUCCAAGGCACCGACGCGACCGAGUUUCCUCGACUUGUCGGCACCCCAGGGGAAGCCUCAUUUUCAGUUCUGCAGCCUAGACUCCGAUCUCGAGUAUCCCGGAGGUGACGGGAUCGUCGCCGAAGACGAGCUGAACAAGACAACGGGGAACGAUUACGUGAGAAGGGGAGCGAACGGAUUGUCCAGCGACGAGCACGACAACGAUCUACCCUCCGAGCCAGCUUCGAUGCCACCGGUGCUCUCCUCGACGAGUACCUCAAGCACUGCUGCAUUCAGUUAUAAGAACCCGGCUUAUCAGAGCGCCAAUCCAGCUUGCGGAGCCGGUAUCGACGCCGCAGCGAAAAAUAAGACUACCCAUUCCAGCGAUCAGGAUAUACCAGGAAAAAUCUUGGGAACGGAGGAUCCCGCUGGCAGCAAGGGUUUGCUGAAGUGGAAGGGCGUGAUGUUCGCCCCGGACGAUGGAAUAGAUAAAUCUGAAAACGAAGAGGAGGUCGGAAAAGACACCACGGAUUCAGCUGUCGCGAGCGAAGAACUUGAACAAGGAACCGAGGUGUUCAUGGUGGAGCUGACACGUGGAUGGAAUAGCCGACUAGGUUUCAGCUUACAACCGGAAGGAAAUCAUACAGUUAUAUCAGUGGUCCAUCCUGACAGUGUUGCUGCCAAAGAUGGAAGGCUUAAACAAGGAGAUGUGCUUAUGAUGGUGAACGACGAAAGCGUGAAAGAUAUGUCGACAGCCGAUAUCAUCGAUCUGUUACGUAAAAUACGAGGAUCCAUCGGUAUCACCGUGAUGAGACGAAGUAAACGAGAUAAUGUAACGUGACGCUAGUCAGGCAUAUAAUGGAAGAACCAAAUAAACGAAGAAAAAACUUCAGCGUUCAUCUCGAUGACGCGUUUAUCAUUUACAAAGGUGGAACAUCGAUUCACGAACGAGAUGGUGCAAAGAGGAUUCUUCAAACUUCGUUUCGUUAACGUCUCGAAACAUUGAUUUAUGAACAUAGACGAAUCCUUUCAGAAUUGUUCGAUCGCGAUGAAACCUUCGCCACAAAUUGAUCUGUAAAUACAAUCAAUGAAAAUCGAAGCCUUAGACGCGAUGCGGUGACUUAAUUAAUUGUACAGCGUUUCCCACGAGCCGCCACUUUGUUUAGCAAUAAUAGAGAUGAUAUAAAACAACUAUAAGAUAGAAGAUCCGUGUAGAUCUUCGUUGAAUACAUUUUCGAUACAUUCGAAUCUUUCAUGAAAAUUUGCGUGUACGGCUUUUCUUUCGCCGAAUACUAAUCCAGUGUGAAAAUAUAAAAGUUGAAAUGUAGAGAGUUACCGAUGAAGAAGUCUUCUUAUUAUUUGGCUUUCGUAUCUUGCAGCUAUUUUUCUAAAACGUCUAUUAUUUCUAAAAAUAGACGAGGAGCAUUGGGACACCCUGUACUUUCAAGACCGUCGUUUAUGCGAGUACGGUACACGUAUGAACGAAACGCAGCUUGUAUAAUUAGCGCGUAAUUAAUCGAGUGGAAUAUGAAGUUGCAUCCAUCGCGACACUCAAACAAUUUUUAAUCUAAUAAUUAAUUAUAUAUUUCCAAAACUAUUGUUGACGUCUUAGACGAAUUAAUGUUUAAUAUGGUUUAAAGACUAUCUUUCGAAAGCGAACCGGUUAGAGUUCGUUUAUGGUAAUAAGACUGCUUUAAAGGGUAGAGAAACGCGAAGGCAAAAUGGAAGAAAGACUCGGUUGCCAUGUAGAUGUUUAUUCGAUCAAUGUAAAAAUAUCACGCGAGUCCUUCUUUAUGCGUGAUUCUAUAGUAACUUUAGAUGCCUAUAUUCGAGUACACGAGAGUACCCAGCGGUUGCAAAGUAGGAUAAUAUUUUUAUAAAUCUUCUCACUUGAAAAGAAAAAACUUUUACGGGAUUUGAAACCAUAACAAAAUGUAUUCGUUAUUGAAAAAAGAUCAUAUAUUUCUAUAUACGUUACGCGAAUAUCGUGGAAGGAAUAUUGAAAUGUUUUAUGGGCCAAUUUUGAUCGAAUGUAUGGCAAAAUAAAAUUCUUUGGUAGACGUUGAAUUAUUAAAGUUAGAAAAAAUGAAUUCGUAGAGGACGAUUGGGUAUCGUUGCGUACCAAAUGAAUAUUUAAAAAAAAAGAAAUAUAUAUAAAAACGAAAAAAAGCUUUUCCACGAAUUCAUAGAAAACGAUAAUUAAUUAUGAAAAUCUUGUUAUUCGAGUUGAAGUUUAACGUGUUACUCACAAUUUCAAUUGAACGAUUGAUAUUCAAGGUUUCGAAUCCUACAUCCUAGAAAAACGUACUUAUUGACUCUGUUAAUUACGUCUCCACGAGUCGAUAAUUGUUAUCUGAAAAUAAUUCUACUUGAAGUUUUCUUGAAUCUCAAUGUUUUGCAAUGCGACUCAUCGUGAUAAUGAGAUCGUCGAUGGAAAAGAAUUGUAUUAUAGAAAUGAUACGACUAAUAGCAAAGGAUUCCUUCGAUCGUGAGAAUUUCUUCACUCAGUGUUUAGCAAUUUAUAAAUAUUCUUAAGAGAAACGUAACCAGUAUUCCUUAUAAUUAAUCAGCGAGUUCGAGUAGCAAUCAUUUUAAGUGCAAUAAAAUAAAAUAAAAAUGCGUUGGACUCGGUAAUCAAAGAGUUAAUCAAAAUGCUACGGAAAGUACGCGAAAAAAGUAUGUUACUGUUAUUACAUCGCUGAACCACCGUGUUUAUGUAAAUAAUUGUAAGAUAGUUUUCUUUUUUUUUUUUUUUUUUUAACAUUACGUUCCCAAAGUUUAAAAGAGACAAAACGUAACGCGAACAUAUCGUUGCGAAACAUACUGCAUACCUAUACGUGUUCUUUACCAGAGAUUGGUGAAACCUUUAUUCAGGUAACAAUUUUGAAUAAUGAAUAGAAAAUUAAAUAACUCAUCAUUUGUUAUUCGUAGAAUAAUAAUUCGCAUUUGAAUUAUUGAAUGAAACGUUUCACAAUAAACAAAUGCAAUCUUAACUUUUCGAUCGAUUAGACGUUAUGUGUUGUUCGAUUGAAAUUCUGUCCAACUCUAUUUCUAUAAACAGAAAAAAAACCGAUCUAAACUUGCUUGCAGUAUAUUUGAGAGUGUAGUUAAACGUUGUGUGACUACCUCGCGCGAUGCCAUACCAUACAGCAGUGGUUCUUAAACUUCUUAUGCGUAAACCCUAUCGUUGAAAGCUUAAAUAUUAUUUGAUAAAAGAAUAAAUUAACCGAUAAUAUAGCACAAAAUAUCGCCAAUAAAUGUAAAAAUCUGAUAAACUUACUCGAAGAUGACGAAACAUAUUUUUUAAAAUAAAUUUAUUUUUGGAAUAUAAUCGUUAAGGAAUAGAACAGAAUUAUAUCUGAAAUAUAUAAAUAUAAUAAUGUAAAAGAUAUCUUGCACGUGGCAAUUUUACAAUAAGAUUGCGACAAAAAAUUACGUGAAAUACUUGCUUAAUACUAUGUAGUCUGUCCAUUGGGUUAUGUUAUGUGAAUAUUUUUUUUUUUUUUUUUAAAUUAUGUACACAAUAACGAGAAAUAUUUAAUAUUUUAAAUAGUAAAGCUGUUAUCGAGUUCAACAUUUAUCAAUAGAAA